UUAAGCCGGGCUAAAAUUGCGGGCGUCGUGCCAGCCCAUCCAGCCAUCUGUAGCCGCAACUGGCAACCCACAACACGCGAAGCCGUGAACCGAAGUUGCUUCGAGUUUUGGCGCGCGCCGACCCAAACAACGGCGCUCCGCGCGGCGGAGGCGAUGGACCGACUCCAGCGCAGGAACCCUAGCAGCCGGACCCAUGCCACUUCGCUGAAGCACCCACGGCCUCCGCGAGUGCCGACCUUCCAGCCCCAGCCGGCGUCGAGGUCCCUACAGGAGCCGGAGCCCUCCUCCCCAGAUGGAAGGCAAAGGAAAAGGGUUCGAUUUGCAAAUGAAGCUGGUAGUCAUUGUAUCAGCGGGAAACAAGUCGUGAACAUACACGAAGAUGCGAAAAACAAACCUCAUGUAUGUGAUGCUAAAACUGCAGAAUAUAAGUUCUUUAAGAAAUUGUGUGAACAGCCAGGCCAUAGCUCUCUUUCAUACAAACAUUCUCAUCAAAGCCUUGAAUCAAAUGUGUACAGGCAAAAACAAGGAUCGCGCAAUGUAACUGCCCCAAAAAAGUUACAUGUCCAUGAUAAUACUGUGUACUGUGAUGAACCCCUUGCUACACCAGCUAAGAAUGAGGAAAUUCCUGGCGAGAAAAUUAGCGUGCAAUCCUCCCAUUCUGAAUAUGACGAUAAAGAUACACCUCAAGUCGGUCCACAUGAUCGCUUGCUGGGUAUUCAUGUUCUCACACCUAUAUCUCAUACAUCAUUUGAUGUUACCGGGAUUUCAGUAAAUGUUGACAGAGAGCCUAUCAGUGGACAUAUCUUUUCAGGAAAGAGAAGCAAAUUAUUGAAGAUAGCAGCCAAAACCAUGUCCAUGGGAAGUGCUGAGUUGUUUCAAAGAAGGUCGGAAUUUAUAGUUGGCAUCCUGCAGAGACUAGGCACCAACAACAUCAUGAGAAAGCAAGAAGGGUCCAUGAGUCACAGAAAAAUGGACUGCAGACAUGCUCUUGCUAUUCCCGAAGGCCAUUUUGAUAACUUGAUAGACUACAAGCGAAGCAACUUUAAUCCAUUAGCUAAGCUGAGGAAUGGUAAAAUUCCAUCCUCUUAUGCAAGUGAUGAAGCAUGUGAGUUCAUGGCUUUACCAUCAGGAUACAAUCAGGGCCCUGGAAGUAUUGUUGAUCAGAAAAAUGACUUAUCUCAUGGGGGUAGUGGAGCAAGUGAGUGCAUGGCAUUGCCAUGGGCGUGUGUUAAUGAUACUCUGAGUUCUGAUCGGAAGGGAGACAUUGUUCACAACCAGGUUUCAAACUUGUUACUAGAAGAUGUCGAUCGAUACGUCCAUGGAAGACAUGCUUCUGCUAAUGAAUUGAGUUUGAAUGGUCAAACAGAUUCAUAUGGUCAACACAGAUGGGACCCUAUGUUGUCAGUAACGUUCUUGAAGUCAUUUCAUGACAGACUGUACUUCCCCUGUCAGAAUGAGGAGCGGCAUGCAGUACCAUAUGGGAUUUCAAAUACCUCUGAGCAACCUGAACUAUGCAGCUCCAUAGAACUGUGUACUUGUAGUUCAAUAGGACUGGAGAUAGAAGACCCAAAAGAGGCGGGAUUGUGUGGUAAUUCUGAUGCUGGGUUUCCAUCGUGGCUUGCUCAAUUAGUUGGGAAACCAACUAUUUCAAGCAUUUUUGACAGUGGGAAUGAAAUUCUGGAUCACAAUGACUUCAGAUGCAUCUCCAACUUCCACAGCAACAUGUUCAGUUCAAACUCAAGUUGUUUGAAUUCCAUGUCGACUCCAGAGCAGUCGUACAAGGUUGGCGCAAAGGGCCUGCUUGAUUCUUCAUUUGGUCUCUCUUGUUUGGCUGGACUGGAGGAGUACUCCACGGACGCAGAACUGCCAGAUGAUUCUGAUAGAUUUCUUCAGGUGUUGGACCAGUUACCUGUGAAAUUCAUCUCUUCAGGGUUUUCAAACAACGAUUCCAGAAUCUGGGACCAUCGGUCUUCAAAUGCAGAACCUCCUUUUAACCAAGAUUGGGGCACUACACAACCGUGGUCAUCAGUGCAUCAACUCCAACCUCAUUCUGAUUCAGGAACCGUGCUUGGUUUCAUGCCAAAUGGAAGUGCUUACAGUGAUUUGGUGGAACGCCAUCACAGCCUCAUGCUAGUCCAAGGAAACCUGAGCACUGACGUUCUUGGUGCUACUGAUUUAUCGUUCUUUGGAUCUUGCUCAAGUUUGGAUAACAUCACGGAGGCUCCUACGUUAUCUUCUGAUGGCAUAACGUGGUAGCUGUGUUGGUCCACUCUGAAAUUUUCAUCCAGAUCAGUUCGCUACACAACCAACCGUUCGCUGUAUGAAAUUUUGAAUUCGAAGUUGCACCACGUAUAGGUGAAGUUAUUAGCUUUAAUAUAAGUUGGGAAGCAAUGUCCAGAAAAUUGUGUAAUGUUAGCAACCAUUACUAGACUUUAGCAUGAAGAGAUACCAUCUGGUCCAAAAUUUUGACCUGAAUUUUGGUACCUAAUUACUGAAGAACAGUAGCUCUAAUCGACACCACUUGGGCGCGUUGGUAAGUU